AUUCCUCCAGACCUGCUGCAGCAGGUUCGUGUCCUCAAUGAAUGUGAGGUGAAAAGGGUUAAUCAGAGAAACCUCCAGAAGGCCACCAAACUGGCUCAGGACAGAGAGCCCGUCAUUGAGAAGAAAAACAGUUACAUGGUGCCAAUCUAUGGACCUCUGUACCUGUGUGUGAGAAAGAACUUCCAUUUCAAGGCUGACACAUCAGCCGCCGAUGUUCUAGAGAAAUUUGAGCACAAGACACAGCUCAAUAAGGACCUUAUCAAGAAGAGGUUCUGUCAGGAGGGUGAGGUGGCUAGUGGGGACUUUGACCCCCACCUGGUCACAGGGCCAAUGUUUCUUCACGAAGUCGGUGGCAACAUAGGUGAGGGAGAGAAUUCUAUAGGUCAACUUUUCACCUAUUUCCUCCUAGCGAUAAUUAUAAUGUCGCUAAACUAUCUUAUGUGGACAUUAAUGAAUAGAAGGAGAGUGAAUAUAUACACAAGAACUUAACUGAACUUACUGAGACCUUUUUGGCAUGAGCUGAAUAACAUUUCACGUAUUGCAGUAUGUUUACAUAUAAUAUACUCCAAGAUUUAUUCUCCACAAAUGACUUUUUUCCUACUGUUUUGACAGUGCCGAGCAAACCUUUUAAUUACUCUUUCCUCAGUUGAGAGAUGUCUACCUCCUGAUACCAACAUGUAUCUCCUCUACGAAGCAAAUCCCACCACUGACUUUGUCAUCAAGCCAAGACUUUGCCCAGAUAUCUUGCCUGUCAGAUAGAGCCGCGUUUGUCUGUUUUUAUGCGCAUGUAUUUUUGUAUCCACGAGUUGUUAUAAUCUUUUUGUACACACAUUCUCACUGGUG